GUGAACCGAAAAUCAUUCAUGAUCUUGGUUACAACUACAAGACGUUACAUUACCCUCUAUUUACACUCCUUGGCUACACGAGGAGCCAUACCAACAACCAAUAGUAAUACGAUGACAGGAGAACUUUCCAAGUACUAGCCUGAUUGAUGAAAUUAUGAUAAAUCGAUAAUAACAUUUUAUUCCCUUUUAUCUAAUUAUCUGGUCACUGAUAUCUUUUGCAACGACCAACAAAUAACAUUCGAUUUACUCGAGCACUAGUCACGUUUGCAUUUUGGGGUUGGAUUUCCGAAACGAUGAUUCUGAUAGUUCUCCUACUUGGGGUGAGCCUAGCAGAAGUACAGGCGGCCAAACAGUCGUGUCCCGAAGCUAAACAACUAUUUGAGCGGUGUCUCAAUCGUGGGUACGAAGCACGGCAAUUGGAAUACUGUAUUCUCUCUGAUAAUGAUAUGGAGGUUAAGGAUAGGAGCUGCAAUAAAGCUGAAAAGAUACUUUACACGACCUGCGGGUACCGACAAUGUAGCGGAAACUUCAGAUCUGAUGACGUCACACUCCCAUCACCUGAAAAUGACAUGGCAGUAGCCUCAAAUAACGACCUCUGUACGAAGAUAGGAUCUGAGACCCUGGAGAAGGGGGGCAGUGCAGUGGACGCUUCCAUCUCAAUCCUUCUUUGUCUGGGAGCAGUCCAGCCUCAGUCUAAUGGUAUCGGGGGAGGGGGCUUUAUGGUCGUCCACACUAAGGAACAUGACAACGUUAUCAACUUCCGGGAAAUGGCACCUAAAGCGUCCACCCAAGAAAUGUUCGUGGAAGACAGCUCCUUGUCUGUAAACGGAGGGCUAGCAAGUGGGGUUCCCGGAUCAGUGGCUGGAUAUUGGAAAGCUCAUAGACUUUUUGGAAAACUAAACUGGGCUGACCUGUUUGCUCCAACUGUAGCUCUGCUGAACGAAGGUUUUCCAGUUUCAAAGCACAUGGAAUAUGCACUCUCCCGUACGAAACAGUAUCUGAUAAAAGAUUUGAAUGCAAGGAAAAUAUUCUUCAAAAAUCCUGAAGAUCAAGAAAGCUAUUUGAGGGAAGGUGAGAUGUUCCGGAAUGAUAAACUAGCUGAAACUCUCCAACACAUCGGUGACCAUGGUCCCCAGGCUUUUUAUAGAGGACAAAUCGCAAAGAACAUUGUUAGGGCCACGAAAGCAACAGGAGGAAUAAUGACCAUGUGGGAUUUAUCACGAUACCGUGCUCUGGUUCAAGAACCUCUCCAAUUUGAGUACAGAUCUAAAAGGUUCUUAGCUGUGCCACCUCCUGCCUCGGGCCAUGUCCUUUCCAUCGUGUUUCAGCUUCUGGACAAUUUUGACCUCAGUUCCCAGGAUGCUCAAGCAUGGAGCGAGAUUCUGGAAGCUAUUAGAUUCGGGUUCGCAAUUAGGGGCCAAACCGGUGACCCGGAAUUUUCCGAGAAAUCAAAAUGGUUGGUGGAAAAAGUUCAGAACGGAACCUGGUCUAAGGAGAUCCUGAAAAAGUACGUGAAAAAGAACAAAAACCAGUUCAGAGGGCCCUACGACAAUGUGGAUGAGUACAUGCAAUCUGGACCUCUUUACGAAAACUUUGACGGAACCCACACUGCGCAUGUUUCCGUGCUUGGACCUGACGGAAGUGCUGUAUCCUGCACCUCCACUGUCAACCUGUGGUUUGGGUCUCGAGUCAUGACUGAUGACGGCUUCAUAAUGAACAACCAGAUGGACGAUUUCUCGACCCCUGGAGCCGUCAACACGUUUGGGUUCCCAUCUGCUCCUGAAAACUUCAUUGUCCCUGGGAAACGGCCUAUGUCGUCGACUGCCGCCUCAAUCAUCGUAGACGAGGAAGGUAGAGCCCGUUUUGCUACUGGAGCCGUGGGUGGGUCUAGAAUCAUAACAAGUACCAUUCAGUCCAUCAUAAAUGUUCUGGAUUGGGGAAUGACUCUGGAAGAAAGUCUUAAUGCUAAAAGGCUUCACGACCAACUUACAACAGAAACAAGGUACGAACCAGGAUUUGACGAAAAGUUGCUAAAGGAGCUAAGGGAGAUGGGAUAUAACAUGGUAGAGAAGAGAGGAAUUAUGUCCGCCGUAUGCAGCGUGUCUAGUUUGAAUGAGGAAACUGAAGCCCGUGGUGAUCCAAGAAAACAGGGAUCCGGACGUGUCAUUAGGAUGUAACUGUAAGUAUUGAUCAAUACUUUUUGGACUCAAUACUUCAAUACUCAAUGUAGUAGUGAGUCCAAAAACAUUAUAAAUUAUAACAUGUUUGAAUUGUUUAUAAUAAUAGUCGGUUUAUAGUAGAUCAGAGAAAUUGUUUAAUGUUUAACUGUACGACUUGCAGUUGGUCUAACCAGAGCCCUCACCACACACGCUUGCGGUACUUUUAGUGUAACUAUAAGCACGUGGUUACUGGUUAUAUUAUAGUUGGUUAUAUUAUAGGUGAACUGUAUUAUAUGACAUUCAGACAUUGAUUGCUAACUAACAUUUUCCUCUCAUGUCUCAACAUUUAGAAAUUUAGCUUAAUUAAUUUUUCUUCACAUAUAUUUUUAUUGUCGAUGUCAUUAUUUAUAUUAUGAAUACUUUGUCAUUUUUAAAUCAUAUCAUUUCAUUUACAA